GCUUUGUGGUUAUAAAGACGCGUGUGGGCGGGGAGUGCGGCCGCGCGCUCUUCGUUGUUUGUGCAGGAGCUUCGGAAGCUCGAGGAGAAGAAAGGAAAGGCGGUAACGGAUGUUUCAAAGAGUCCCGAUGGUCCAGAAGUCGAGGAGCGGAGCGCGCGACCGCGCCGCGCGCAAGGCCGGACACGCCCCCGCAGCGAUGACCGCAGGGAAAAGACUGGCCAAGAGGAACCCUGAGGAGACGACGACGCCUUCGGAGAAGGAGCCCAGGAGGCUGGUGGAGAAGCCCAGAUCUCUCAUUUCCACCCGAGUUCCCUCUGUGAGCCUCUUGCUGUCUGGGACUCUGGAGAAGCUGGGCCACGAGUUCCGGGCGGCGCCGGCGAGCGACAGGCACGGCGGGCCGAGACCUGCCGUGGAGAAGGCGCACGCGCCGAGGGCUUUUCUCAUCCAGCAACCGCGCAAGUUCUGAGCCGCGCUGGCCGCCCACUGGGAUGGGGGGUGUGCGCGCACAGUCAGCCGAGUGUCAAACAGGAUGUGCGCGUGACGAGGCUUGCGGUGCAUCGUUGGACCAAAGUAUGUAAAAACAAGCAACUGAGUUUAGUCAAAUUUACCGUGGUAUUUAGCACAGUUUUUUUUUUUUUUAUUUUGCUGUACCCUGCAGUGUGUGAAUUGGAAGCAGUCACCAAAUGUACAUCUUACUGCUGCUCUUGUUCUUGUGGGGAAAUCUGUGGACAGAAGUGUUAUCGCACCAAAAAUUCUUCUAUAAAUAUCCCUUUAAAGUAUGUAGUUUUGUAGCGUAAACGGGAUGGCAGCGUUGC